AUGGAUUUAUUAGAUCUCUACCAUGCACAUGAAUUCUCACAAAUUCAAGAUGAAAAUGCUGUUGAAAUUGUGAAUUUUAAAAAUUCAAAAGAAACUGAUGAAGAAUUGGAGGAUCGAAUUAUCGAUUCGGAAGAAACUGGUUCAAAAGUAACAACUUCUAGGAAAGCAAAAUAUGUACCUUGGGAACCCUAUAAAGCAGCAGUUGCUCCAAAGAAAAACCUGGAUACAAAAUGUCCAGUGAAUUUACCGCAACUUAUUGCUUAUUCAAUGCAGCCUAGUAAAAUUAAAGAUAUUGGAAGUAAUAAUAAUGCGAAUCCAACACCAGUUGAUAAUCCAUUAACUGAUACAAGACGCGAAAAAUACUUUGAAAAUAAGAAAAAUACAAAUGUUGUGAAAACUGAUUCCGAGCUAAAAAUGGAGGAUGAAUUGAAGAAUUUGAAAAAUCAAUUGGAAAUGGAGAAAAAUGUGAAUUCAGAGUUGAAAAGGCUUAUGAUUGCAACACUAAAUGAUGAGUUACAGGUGAGAUUUCGCUUCCAAACUUUGAAAAAAACAGAAAAAAAACAAAAAUUUUGAAAACCGAAAAAUUGUCCGAGAGAACUCCAAAAAAUUUGUGCGCCUUUGAAAUCGCUUCAAGAUAUUUUUUUUUUAAACAAAAUUCCUUCAAAAAACCGUAGUCUUUUUUUAAAUUGAAUUUUUUGAACUAGGAAAACAAUAAUUUCUCGAAUGUUGUUAACAAAUCAGUUUUCCACAACGUUUUGAGAUAUUCUCUUCACGGCGCGGCGAAGCGAACAUGUGCGCCCCAUCUAGAUGCCACCGUAAAUCGACACAGUUUGCUUUGCAGGAGCAUUUUUCUAUUUUUCACGCUAUGCCAGCCGAUACAAAAAUUAAAUUUCUGGGAGACGCAGACUUUUAACACAGGCAGAGACAUCUCUCGCCUUUCCUUCCCCCUCGGGCGAUACAGUGUGCUGUUGGCAGACAUAGCAGACAAGCAGACACACACACAAAACAUAGCGCAUGGCCGCGCCGCUUUUUCGUCUGUCGCUGCGUUUAUAGACCACAUCGGCGUCGCCCUUUGAUGUGUUGAGGUCUCGCGGCGACUUUCUAACCGAAAAUGAAUGUCUGCGUCUCCUCGAAUUUGUGUGGUGGCACGACGUGUUUUACCUGUUUUUUACCUAAUUUCAGAUUGUUUUUCAUUUUGUAAGUAUGUAUUCGGUAGAGAAAUUUGCGGGGAAUUUUUUCAUGUAUGAUUUAUCAUGGGUAACUCUUGUCAGAGAGUUUUAUUUUGACUUCUAAAAAAACACUUGAUUUUUCUUCGUUUCGUCUGUUUUUAGUGUUUCAUUCUUUUUUAUUUCAUAUUUUCGAUUGUCAACCAACUCAUUAAACUAUACAAUACAUAUUUCAGAACAAAUAUUCGACUAGAAAACUAGAAAUUGGCGUGAAAUUUCGGAAGUCGCCAAAACAGAACUGAAGGAAUUUCGCGAAUCGAGCACUUUUAUAAAACAUGUAAGUAUUUUAUUGAAACUAUGAAAAUUUGAAAAACGAAUACGCUCGGCUUAAAAAAGGCUCAAUGAAUCACGAAAAAAACUCGUCAACGCAAAAAAUUGAAUUACUGAAUAAACUUUGAGAGUAAUCAGGCUACGCUCAAAUUUCAAAAAUUAACCGAGAAGCUCACCAACUAUUGAUAUUUUCAUGAAUUGUUGAAGACAACUUGAUAUUAUAAACCUGAUUUUUCGGAAAAAAACAUUUGCGAGGUCCAUAUUCAUGACACAUGUCACCAAAAAAAAUCAUCUUAAUUUUUAAAAAGACGAAAUUGUAAUUUCGAAAGAUUUCGCUCUGAAAAUUGGCUAGCGAAGAAACUUUCGCUCUGUAUUUCAAGGUUCUGAAAAUAGUAUGGCUUUUCGUAUGUAAUUAGCUAAUCUCAAAGUACUCCCAAUCGAAAAGAUUUUAUUAUAAAUUAAUCAAAAUUUCACACUUCGGCCAAAAUCGUGGUUUCCACAAUAAAAAAUUGUACGCUAAAUUUUUACAGUACAAAAAUUGUGAAUUUUUCCGUUUUUGUCCUUUAAAAAAUUGUGAUUUUUCGAUUUUUGACCUCUAAAAACUGAAAUUCAGAUUUUUCCGAAAAUUGUACUCUGGCCAGCCACGGCUUGGCCGAGGUGUGCGAAAUUUCUUCAAAAAGAAUUUUUGUUCAACUUAAAAUUGUGGAAAAAAUCCGCCAAGAAUUCUAAACAUUCCAUAAUCAGAACCUGAAAGAGCUUGGCUCGGGCUUUUUCGAGAAAAACACGAUUUUAAUACGUUCAAAAAAUGUAGAGAGUAUAAUUAUGAAAGUAAUAUAUAUGAAAAGGAGAAUUUACUUGAAUUUUGAAAUUUUUGCAUUUCAUUUUCUCAUUUAUGACUUAUUUUUAUGAUCAAAAUAUCACAUCCUAAUUUGAUGUUCUCACUUCGGGCAAUCAAAAACAUUGUUUGGGCCAGGCCACCCCGGCCGCUUCUGUCUAUUUAUAUAUUUUUAUAAAAAAGUCUAUUUUUUUGUAGUCUAGUCUAGGCCGGGCCAGUCGGGCCCGUGAUAAGUUGAGCAGGCUGUAGGCCCCCGAUUUCGGCAAAAACGACAUGUCGGGUUUUCUUGAAAACUUUUAAAAGCGUAUUUAAAACGUUUGAAAUUCCAAAACAAAUCUCUCUCUGUUGAAGGUGCCAGAGAGUGAUCAACCAUAUAUAUAGAACAAAUAGAACCAGUUUUCAUAAUUUUAACGAAAAUUUUGCCCUAAAAUAAAUAAAAUCUCUGCUGAAAAAACGAGAUAUUUGUUUUAUUUCAAAUUUAAUACAAUUUGUUUUCAGGAUUACUUCUCAACAACACCAAAAUGGUAUGGUAUCACCAACCAACGCCGCCUGGAUAUCACAAAUUGAUUUUUUAUCAAUAAAAUAUUUAUAUUCUUUGCGAUUUUUUCUUCUGUUUUUUUUCCGGAAUAGUCAUCCAGGAGAUGUUGCAACUAUGAAAAAUCGGAAAAAGAGUUUUUUCCGCGUUUACAACGACUCCUAUUCAAAAUUUUUUCUGACACACAUGGUUUAUGGCAGGCUGCCAUUGGCAGCACCUAUUUGGACUUUUGCAGCCCAAGUUGGGCUGAUUUUAUAAAUUUUUUGAAAAAAAUAUAUUUAAACAAUAAAUUUUAUAGGUUUCAUAACAAGAUUUUGACAUCAACAGUGUGUUCAGAAGCUGAAAAUGAGCCGGAAAUAUUUUUGCCAUGUCGAAAAAGCUCAAAAUUCCCGUUUUUGUACUUUGGUGUCUGGCACCAAUUAUGAUGGUCCCUAAUAUUUUCAGUCACUAUGAAACUUAUAUUUUCUGAACCAGAAUUCAAUUCUCUACAAACUAGAACAAUUUCAUAAAAAUCGAUCAGAGAAAUUCGGAAUUCUGGGCCGGUUUUUCGAUUUUGACCCCUAUUUUGGGUGUCUGACACCCUUUAGGGCCUUUUUUGGUGGUCCCCAAUAUUUUCAAUCACCAUAAAAGUUAUAUUUUCUGAAUCAGAAUUUAAUUCUCUACAAACUAGAACGAUUUCGCAAAAUUCGAUCAACGAAAUUUGGAGUUCUGGGCUGAUUUUCCGAUUUUGACCCCAUUUUGGCGUUUGACACCCAAAAUGGUGUCCACCAAUAUUUUCAAUCACCAUAAAAGUUAUAUUUUCUGAAUCAGAAUUUAAUUCUCUACAAACUAGAACGAUUUCGCAAAAUUCGAUCAACGAAAUUUGGAGUUCUGGGCUGAUUUUCCGAUUUUGACCCCAUUUUGGCGUUUGACACCCAAAAUGGUGUCCACCAAUAUUUUCAAUCACCAUAAAAGUUAUAUUUUCUGAAUCAGAAUUUAAUUCUCUACAAACUAGAACGAUUUCGCAAAAUUCGAUCAACGAAAUUUGGAGUUCUGGGCUGAUUUUCAGAUUUUGACCCUAAUUUGGUGUUUGACACCCAAAAUGGUGUCCACCAAUAUUUUCAAUCACCAUAAAAGUUAUAUUUUCUGAAUCAGAAUUUAAUUCUCUACAAACUAGAACGAUUUCGCAAAAUUCGAUCAACGAAAUUUGGAGUUCUGGGCUGAUUUUCCGAUUUUGACCCCAUUUUGGCGUUUGACACCCAAAAUGGUGUCCACCAAUAUUUUCAAUCACCAUAAAAGUUAUAUUUUCUGAAUCAGAAUUUAAUUCUCUACAAACUAGAACGAUUUCGCAAAAUUCGAUCAACGAAAUUUGGAGUUCUGGGCUGAUUUUCAGAUUUUGACCCUAAUUUGGUGUUUGACACCCAAAAUGGUGUCCACCAAUAUUUUCAAUCACCAUAAAAGUUAUAUUUUCUGAAUCAGAAUUUAAUUCUCUACAAACUAGAACGAUUUCGCAAAAUUCGAUCAGAGAAAAUUCGAGUUCUGGGCGGGUUUUCAGAUUUCGACCCCUAAUUUGGUGUUUGACACCCAAAAUGGUGGUCAUCGGUGGUUAUUUUUUGAUGGGUGAGCGGAUUUUAGGAUUCUUCGCAUGCUUAGGAAUUUUUCAAAAAAAAAAAAAGUUUGAAUUUUGAAGCAGUUUAAGCCGAAUAAAUCGGGCUGAAAGUAAGAGCGAGGUACGGUAGCUUCCACACACACACAACGCGGCAGAGUGCAGACAGCGAGAGUGGGGCGGCUCACUGUUUUUUUUUCAGUGUGUUCGUUUCGCCGCGCCGUGUCUUACCUGAGUGAAGAGUGAACUGCAAUGAAUUGUCGUGUAGAUCUCAUACCAAAACCAUCCAUCCAGCCAUAUUUGAAUCGCCUGCGAGAAAAAACAAAAAUGAAAAUAGAAAAAUCGUUAUUUUCAAAACUUCAUCUUUUUUUCCCAUGUUUUGCCCCACUCUUCACCAGAAAAACAUCAUAAACGAUGCGCAAAACCCAAUGCAACUCCCGUCACUGUUUUCCGGCCGCAGCAAAGGGAUUCAAUGAAGAAUCCUCACUCAUUUGAAAUGAAUGGCUUUGGGUUUCAGAAGCUGGUAGGCGGUACUAACUCAGGAAGCGCGCGCAGACUUUCUCUAGUUUUUGAGGAUCCGAGCGGGUAUGAUUUCGAAAUUUAUUAAAGCUUUUGAAAGCAUAAAAUUACCCCCUGAAAAACUUAUCUUAUCAUCCUCGCACGGCCAAAAAUACACAAAAAAAUGAAAAUGGCAAAAAAUCGAUGAGCGUUUUUUUAGUUAGCGAAAAAUAGAAGACUAUUAGCGGGGUAGAUCAAAAAAAAUUUUUUUCAAUUUUUUCUGUAGGGUUUGCUCCACGGCGAGAGAAAUAACACUUUUUGUUCUUCUUCCUUCUCCGGAGGGGGAAGAAGAACAUAUAUCAGAAGAACAUAAUAUCAGAUGUUCCCGUUACACUUUUCCCGGGAGGUACUGUAGGGUUUCCGCGUUGUGUUUGGUGUUUGCAAAUUUUUUAGCGGGUUUUUUCAAGGCUUAUUUUUUCUUUGAAGGAAAGGAUUUUUUCAGAAUCAAGUUGAAGCGCUAACUGAAGACAAGGUUAUUCUGGCACAUCGAGUAAAUGAGUUUAUGGGAAAAGUGAGUUUUUUCAAAACAAAUUUAAUGAUUUCCAUGUUUCCUUUCAGUUACAAAUCGAAGAUGAAGAAUCGGACAAAUUGAAAAUCGAUCGAGACGUUUGGAAAUGCAAAUUUUUGGCGCAAUCGAUACGAUGCGACGAAUUAUCGUCGAAAAAUGAAUUUUUGUUGAAAACUUUGGUCAAAGUGCAAGAUGAUGUGAAAAAUCAGAGGUUAGUACCAACUUUGUAAGAACUUUUGAGUGGGGAAAUUGAAAACAUAUCAUUUUUCAAAUUCAAAAUAUGAUAGGCCUACGAAGAUUAAGAUUUUGCCCAUUUGAUUACAAAAUAUCAAAAUUCCAUUUUCAGCACCUCCUCAUUUGCCAAUCUAAAUCUUCAAACACUUUUCAAUCGUUCUCCGUGCGAAGAAAAAAUUCAAAAACCAUUGCCAAAAUUCUCAAAUCUCACGAUAACUUGUUGCAAAAAUUGUGCCGGUCGAGAAAUUCACUUGUUAUAG